AUGGUGUUAUAUGUACCAUUAGAUGGAGCAACUGCCAGUAAAAAGAAACGUGGUAAGGCGCCAAAGAAGAAUAAAACCAGUAUGAAGAAAGCAUCGAUCGGCGAUAGAGGUAGCAGUGAUUCUUGUUACGAUGAUGAUGAUCUACCAGAAGAAUCGGAAGAAGAGCAGGAAAGCCCACAAGACUACCGCAAAGGUGGUUAUCACCCUGUAAAUAUUGGUGAUGUUUUUAAUGAUAGCUACCGCGUAAUUCGUAAACUUGGCUGGGGUCAUUUCUCAACUGUGUGGUUAUGUUGGAGUUCAAAGUCUAGAAGAUACGUAGCGUUAAAAAUUGUCAAGAGUGCUUCCCAUUAUACAGAAGCGGCAAAAGACGAAAUCGAGUUGCUAGAACAGGUUCAUAUUCGUAAUCCAACUGAUCCUGGCUAUGGAUACGUUGUCCAAUUAUUAGACAAUUUCAAAGUUACUGGAGCCAAUGGAGCCAACUACAAAGGUUUACCGAUACCUAUGGUAAAGCGAAUUACGAAGCAGGUAUUGCUUGGCCUGCACUACAUGCAUACCGAAUGUAAAAUAAUACAUACAGAUAUAAAACCAGAAAAUAUUUUAGUUUGUGUAAAUGAUGAUUACAUACAAAUGUUAGUCGAUGAUGUCGAAAAGGCAUCUGCUUCGGGGAAGCUAACGUCAUCUCAAGUUAGCAAUUUGCCUAACGAUCAUUCAAGCGCUUCAACAGGUAAAAUGUCUAAAAAUAAGAAAAAGAAGCUUAAAAAGAAAUUAAAAAAAGCAGCAGAAACUGCUUCUCAAGAAGUGUCUGCAAGUGAAGAGAAACCAAGCGAAGAUAAUACAAGCGAUGUAUCAGAUGCAGGAGUAAAUGAUACGUCAGAAGGUGGGGAUAAUGCAGAACUAGCAGAAGAGAAGUGGAAGAAUAAAAAAAGUUGGGAUGACUUUGAUCCCUUUACUAUUCCGAUCAAUGUAAAAAUUGCCGACCUAGGAAAUGCGUGCUGGACUUAUCAUCAUUUUACUGAUGGCAUACAAACACGUCAGUAUCGCAGUUUAGAAGUACUAUUAGGAUCAGGUUAUGACACUCCUGCAGAUAUAUGGAGCGUUGCAUGUAUGGUUUUUGAAUUAGUAACUGGUGACUAUUUAUUUGAACCUCACUCUGGUGAAGGUUACGGCAGGGAUGAUGAUCACAUAGCACAAAUGAUUGAAUUAUUAGGAAGAGUGCCAAAACAUGUUGCACUAGGUGGCAAAUAUUCCAAAGAAUAUUUCAAUAAAAAGGGCGAGCUGAAAUACAUUCAAAAGUUAAAACCUUGGUCUUUAGUAGAUGUGCUAAGAGAAAAGUAUAAUUGGACUGAGAAAGAUGCAGAAGAUAUGAGUAGCUUUAUAGUUCCAAUGCUAGAUUAUGUUCCGGAAAAUCGUGUCACGGCAGAGGACUGUUUAAAGCAUAGAUGGUUAGAAGAUACACAGCAUAAUGGAGACGAAGUAUAUUUGGCAAAGUAG